UCGUUCUAGGAACUGCACCCGGAGGGCGGGAUUAAGGCUUCCUGAGAAUCAGACACGAUGUAUAAAAAUAUCGCAAUCAAGCGCCCGGGCAGCACAUCUGAGCACCAUGAACACAAGGAUGGUAACCGAGAUGCUGUUCGCUGUCACAGUCCUCAGUACAGCGAGCGGGUGCCGGUGGCCGAGGCGGCGGCGCGCCGGGGGGUCCGUGGAGACGGCGGAAAUUGUGACCGAGCAGAGUUACCGGUCCGAGCCGGAGGAGCGGUUUCCAGAGAGAGUCCGGCUGGCGAUGUUCAUCUCCGGACAGAACCACACUGUGCACCUUUUCAAGACGCGGGAUUUGCUGUCAGAGGGAUACACUGAGCACUACUAUGAGCGAGGGGACUUUGUGUCCGAGCGACAUGACCACACGGAUCAUUGCUGCUACACCGGCUGGGUGGAGGGGGCUCGGGACUCCUCUGUCUCCCUGUGCUCCUGCCAGGGCUUCAGUGGCUCUCUCAGGCUUGGGGAGCACAGCUACACAGUGACCCCGGAAACCGAUGGGGGCCCCAGGCACACGCUCACCGGGACUCGCCUGAAAAGGAGGAAACGAUCCAGGGACCCCUCUCCUACGCCCGGCACCGGACCCCCCCGUCCUGAUGCUGGCUCGGACCAGAAGUGGGGUAUUGAGCUGUUCCUGGUGGCUGACCAUGAAGAGUUUCAAAGGCAGCAUGGCGACAAGAGAAGGACCCAGUGGAAGCUGAUAACGCUGGCACACCACCUGAAAGAGAUCUACAGUCAAGUGGGCAUCGACGUGUGGCUGGUGGGCACAGAGGUGUGGACAGAGGGGGACAAAGUCACUGUGGACUAUUCCACCACCGAGACCCUGAAGAACUUCCUGCAUUGGAGAGAGGAGGACCUGCUGCCCAGGGUGCCUCACGACAACGCCCAGCUCAUCAGCGGCAGGAGGUUUAAAGGGAAAGUCCUGGGAGAAGGCCUCUUAGGGACCAUGUGCUCCUCCAGCCAGAGUGGAGGACUGGCCCAGAGCCCUGGGGUCAGCGCCUGGGAGCUGGCCGAGAUCGUGGCACACGAGAUGGGGCACAAUCUGGAGAUGCACCACGACAACGAGCCGGGCAGGAGCUGCCAGUGCCCGUCCUGGAGCGGCAAGUGCCUGCUCAGUGCGUUCACAGGGUUAGGCCAGAGCACAGUGUUCAGUAACUGCAGUAUUAGCUCUCUGAAGAGGUUCCUGGAGAAAGACAAGGCCUCUUGUCUGAAGAACCGGCCAGUCACAUUCCUGGAGACAGAUGACCUCACUAAGGUCUACAGACUCCCCCUCCUUGUGUGGGCGCUGUCGUUCCUGGUCCUGGCGGCGGCGCUGCUUUGCUCCACGCUGCUGGUGCAGAAGAUCAGGGUGUACCGCUCGUCCUCGACCACCACCCUGCUGCCCGAGGGUGGGGGCGCCCCGCUGAGCCCGGACCCGCCCACCCCCACGAGCGCCUCGUGCCGCGGUCACUGAGGCUCUGGCCUGACUGUGCCCGCCGCCGUCAGCGAGCAGGAGCGGUCUGCUGGAGGCCUCGUCCGUCCGCUGUGAAGGUUGUUCUCGGCCCCGCGUGGGGGGGGGGGGCUCUCCAGAGAAGAGCCUGCCCGUGCUGCCGGAGAGUCAAAACCCCCAUCACAGGCCGCGCGAGAGCACAAAGGAAAAGAGGUUCGCAACUUGACUGACGUGCCUGACGCUGUGGAGACUGUCUUGGAGCUGCAGUACACUGCAUGAGCUCUGGAUAAGACGAGGUCUGAAAAUCGCACCUGAAAAACAGUUUUGCACAAAAAAUAAGACCAGGCUGUGAAACAGGAUACAGACUGAAUCUGCAGAAGACUUCUGAACAAAUACUGUGAUCUUUUAUUAUACAUUAUUCUAUUAUUUUCUAAAUUAUUCUUUAAAUAAGGCUAAAUCUUUCUUUUUGAAAAUGCACUUAUCACCCUUCUUACAUGGUGGAAGUCCCUGAAUAUGUGAACAGUUUAAAUGAAUAGUCAACUUUAUCUAUGCAAAUCAAAUGUGAAUUUUUUUCUACAGUAAAUAUAUAUGUUUAUGAAGGUAGAAGUUACACCCAUUGUUUCAACUGUGAAUUAGUAUAUUUGUUUAAGUUUCCAGAUUCUGCCACCAGGAGGCAUCACUCACACCAUGCUCAGCUGUCUCCAAGGCCAGGUCCUAGAGAGCUCCUCACACACAUUUUUAGGCUAUCAAAACAUUUCUAAAGAUAGUGGAUAUCCAUAUGUAGUGAUCAGUUAAUUUCUUGGAUUAAGUAAUUCGGAAACUAUCUGGGACGAAAAUGCGGCUCGCCUUUAGCCCUCAAGGGGUUAGAGCUCUCUAAAUUCAACAGAUUGCUUACUGAAUUCAUCCGUAACUCCCAGAAAUGUCCAAUCUUUAGCAACAGGUGACUUUAUAAAACUGACUGCUUUGGGGAUCUCCAGCACCAGGGUUUGAGACUGCUCCCACCUUUAUCACAGUUUACAGAGCGUUACAGAGCUGUCGGAUGUGUCAGAUUGCCUACAGAGCCUCUCUGUAUACUGUAGCAGUUGUGAGUGAUGAAGGAAGAGGUAUUCUCCUCUUCGGCAACAGCUGUAAACUUUGAGAAUGCAUUCAGAAUGACUAUGUGUGGGCUGCUUAUAUAAUAUAAUUUAUGAAGUAACUUUAGACUCAACGUGAGCUCUUGUACUGUGCUUUGCUUUCCACUGAGACAGGGAAAACUGGUGUUUACUUGACUGUGAGUUACUGAAGCAGAGCACUUUUUAAUUGUUUUAAUAAAGUUAUGCCUCCAUCACACCACUGGGUGCAGUUUCCUCAAAGCACGGUGCAAAUUGUAUGUAUAAAGUCAAGUUUGGAAGAGUUUUCGCCGACAGAUCAUCAACUCUUUUGCUGAGUGGUGACACCAAUUCAAAAACUCCAUGUGGGAUAAGACAUCUCUCUUGGUUGGAUCAGCAUUCUCUGGACAAUCACCCCUUUGUUAUUGUCAGACUGUGUGCAUGAAGAACAGACAUACUGUCCCCUUGUACUCUAUCAGUGUAUGUUAGGUGGUAGAUCAGUGUCUGGCUUUGGCUCUGAAACUGAACCUUGAUUGAGUAACAGAUAUUUUGAAUUAUAUAAGGAGAAAGACAGCCAGAUGAGAGGCCAUUCAGUUCAUGUAACCUGUUUGGUAGUUACAGCACAAACCAAAUUAACAUGAGUAUCUCAGCAUCAUGAAAUGGUAGUUUGUACCUGUUCCAUACUCCCAGACUUUUUGGAAUAAAGCACCUCC